CUUUGGAAUGAUCAAUUGCAAACUAUUCAAAAUCGAGGCAGGAUUAAUUAAACGGAAGAUAAUCGCAGAAAAUUGACAAGACGGAUGUUUUUUUAUCUUCCACGAAACGAUGCCUGAUUUCAUGGCGUAAAGCACGUCUAGAAGGUUGGCUUUUUGUUCGGGUUUAUUUUCCAAAGGGGACUGCCGCCUGGCCAGACUGCAGUUGCAAUGAAGCAUACCCUUCUCUGUACAGUAGAAGACUGUUGACUGUGCUUAUGUCACGGCUGUAAUUACAACGCUUCUGGGGGUGGAGGAACGAGGAGUCGAAAACACCCACCCACAGACGACACAGUAGUGCAAUAUUCUCAAGUACCUCAGCUGUCAAUCAGGAUUAAUACUAUUUAAAAGCUCCUAUCAGACCCAAACACCCCAGACGUUCAAUAAAUGGGGAAAGACUACCGAACAGCGACUCAAUGAGAAGCGACACUAUUUGCACAAGGACCGCGAACCCCACCGUAUUGCAGCGCACAGCGCGCUUCUUCUGCUUAGAGCGCGUCUUUCGCAGAUAUUUUACUUUAUUAGCGAAUAUCUGUAAUAGAAUUACGCAGAAGGUCUUUCAGAAAUGAAACAUUUGUGCUAACGGCAGAAGGAUUUAGUGACACCCGUGCUGUUCCAACUGUCACAGACAUACAAAUUUGACUUGCUUUGAAACGGAGCACCGAUUAAGGCUUGCUUUCUGACUUGUAGAAACGAGGAUCAGCUCGCUGGCGUGUCUUUUUUUUUUAACUCAUAAAAGAACACUUUUAAAUAGGAUUGUCAGUGUAAAGCGUGGCCCUUAGUGAUGAAAUAUUCACCAUAGCAACCACAGGAACAAAUAUAGAAGAAUUGCUAAGGGGACUCGUGUCUAGCAGGCGAGCGUACGGAAAGAGCUGCGCUGAUGCCAAAAAGCCCUUAAACUUUUCUGUCUGGGAGCUGCUGGAAGCACGUCUAGGACACUCCGUUUUAGCCAAUUUGCGCUGAAGUCGCCCGUUGCAUAAAGAGUAGAAAAUGGAAUGGAAGUCGAGCUCCGUGCUGCUCUUCCCUGUCCAGAUCAUAUUCUACACAUUAAAGGCGCUUUUUCGCAUGUUGCUCCCGAGCAAAAGGAGGGAUCUGAGGGGAGAGGUGGUGCUGAUCACCGGCGGGGGAAGAGGCAUCGGCCGUCACCUGGCCAGGGAGUUUGCCGCGCAGGGGGCUCAAAAGGUGAUCCUGUGGGGACGUACAGAGAAGUGUCUGGAGGAGACCUGUGAGGAGAUCUCGCUGGCGGGAACCGAGUGCCACUACUUCCUGUGUGAUGUGGGCAACCGGGAGGAAGUCUACAAACAGGCCAAGCUGGUCAGGGAAAAGGUGGGGGACGUCACCAUUCUUGUGAACAACGCCGCAGUGGUGCAUGGGAAGAGUCUGAUGGACAGUGACGAUGAUGCUCUUCUGAAGUCACAGCACAUCAACACACUGGGCCAGUUCUGGACGACAAAGGCGUUCCUCCCGCGGAUGCUGGAGCUGCAGCAUGGGCACGUGGUCUGCAUAAACUCCAUCCUCUCCCUCUCCUCCAUCCCCGGCGCCAUCGACUACUGCACCUCCAAGGCCUCCUCCCUGGCCUUCAUGGAGAGCCUGACCCUGGGGCUGCUGGACUGCCCCGGGGUGGGCUGCACCACUGUGCUGCCCUUCCACACCAACACCGAGAUGUUCCAGGGCAUGAGAGUCCGCUUCCCGCAGCUCUUCCCCCCCCUGCGACCGGAGCUGGUGGCCCAGCGGACUGUGGACGCGGUCAGAACCAACACAGCCUUCGUCUACCUGCCCUGGACCAUGCGCCUCCUCGUCAUCCUCAAAAGCUUCCUGCCGCAGUGCGCUCUGGAGGAAAUCCACAGGUUCACGGGAUCAUACUCCUGUAUGAACACCUUCAAGGGCCGGACAUAAGCGGGGUCUGUCAGCAGCAGGACACCUGAGAGCCGUAAUCUUAUUGGACAGAGGGACGGGGAGGGGGCAGCGCCGAUCUCAGCCUGCAGGAUGAGCCUUCUGAGAGGCCGCAGAGUCUCAGCUGUGGUCUGGCUUACACACGUUACGCCAGAGCAUUUGGAAGGACUCUGUCAGCACUCUGUAUAUUCCCCUUCAGACCGUUAGAGCUCUGAGAAUCUGGAACGGUGAUGUAAUGAGGAGCACAGGGGAAGCAGGAAGUGGUCAGAAGGAGAGGAGCUCCCUCACCCCUGAAGCAUCCUCACAUCCAGACCUGUGGACUUGAUGGGUUUAUUAGGGUUUUAAUAUUAUUUUCUAAUCUGCCUUGAAGAGUUGAAGUCUCGUUUAAUCUUAAACUGAAAGUGAACUGAAUAAAGGUGCAGUUUUAGGGGAGAUGAACACGACAGUCUGCUCGCCGUCUCGUUUCCAUGACGACCCGUCGCUGCUGCGCCACUGAUCGUGAGGUCACCCUGGGCUGGGCUGUGUCAUAGCGCUCCUCUGGGAAGGGGCUCUUACAGUAAUCAGUGCCGAACACGCAAACCCAGCCUCUCAUAAACACAACGGCCUCUGCAACACCCCCGUCAUAGUGUCUUACAGUGGAGUGAAACGCUCACUGUGGAUAGCAGCCAGACAAAGGCCACCAGAGGACCAGCCUCUCUGGCAACAUACCUGUCAGGCUAGUCGUAUUGGUGAUAGGUGUUUCAGAUUUUAUCCUUUAAAUGUAAUUUUCAAGGUGCAAUGCAGUCAAAUCAUAUGUGUAUGUACAUACAGCACGAUAGUGGAUGGA